CUGGGCCUUGGCCCCCCCACUGAAUAAGCCCCAAAUCCGCCCCUGCUCCUUGACAGCUUCUUGGCAUGUUCCAUUUAAGUCAUUAAUAAUCUAAACAUUAUUUUUUUCCAAUAAUAUUUAGAAAUUAAUUUAAACUUUUGGCGGGAAGCGUGAAAUCCGACGGUCCCUGAAGUGGACACGCUUCACCUGAACUCCGUUAAUAAAGUGAAGGCGAAAGCAAACGUUCUUCAGAACCGGGGCGGGACGCUGGACCCCCCCUCUUCAGACGGAGGGCGGCAGGUGGCGGUUCUGAUGUCGGCACCGCUCGCUCCGUGCAUUUCCGGGUGGAACGAAGCUCCUCCGGUCCAACCCACCGAGCAGCAGCUGCUGCAGCCCCCACCCCCCAGCGAGCAGCCACCGCCGGAGACACCGGGGCACAGAGCAGCACCGACCGACAGACGGAGCGACGCCGGCGCAGCGCCGCGGUUCCUGUCCUGCAGCUGAAGGCAGACGCGGCGGCGGGCAGCAGACAUGGCGGCGUCGCUUCUCUCCGAGACCGACAUCAGGCACCGGUCCAUGGCGGAGGAGGAUCCGAACGGAAACGAGCACGGAGCGGCUGCGCGCAGCACGCUGCCCCGCUGGGGGCCGCAGCACGCCGGGGCUCGGCAGCUGGCCCGGCUGUACUCGCCAGGUAAACGCCUCCAGGAGUGGGUGUGCGUGGUUCUGUGCCUCUUCCUUUUCGUCGUCAACUUCUCUUUCCUCCUGCUGCACUUCUCCACCGUUCACAUCUACAAGAUCAUCCUCGGCAUCGUCCUUGGAAUAGUGACGGCAGACUUUGCAUCGGGGAUGGUCCACUGGGGGGCAGAUACUUGGGGAUCGGUAGACAUUCCUGUAAUAGGCAGGGCGUUCAUUCGACCCUUCAGAGAGCAUCAUAUCGAUCCGACAGCCAUCACUCGCCACGACUUCAUCGAAACCAACGGCGACAACUGCAUGAUCCCCAUCCUCCCACUGGCUCACAUGGCCUACAAGUUCCUCACAUGCACACCAGAGGCCUUGGCGGCGUCCUUCCCUUGGAACUGCUACGUCUUUGCCUUGGCGAUUUUCGUGACGUUGACCAAUCAGAUUCAUAAAUGGAGCCACUCCUACUUUGGCCUCCCGCGCUGGGUCACGCUGCUCCAGGACUGGCAUCUGGUGUUGCCACGGAAACACCACCGCAUCCACCACGUGUCUCCACAUGAGACGUACUACUGCAUCACUACAGGUUGGUGCAACUAUCCUCUGGACCAGCUGGGUUUCUGGCGGCGGAUGGAGCGGUUGAUAGAACGUGUGACGGGGCAGAAGCCGCGCUCAGACGACAUGGCGUGGGCCAAGAAGACUGACUGAUGGAACGGACGGGCAUGCGGACGCAAACACACAGAAAUGAUAGAAACAAACAUUUUUCUCUCUUUGCUUCGGUUGCUAACGAGCAAACAUUCACAGGAAGUUAGCAGUGGGCGGGGCUUCACGGCUCCUGGGUGUCAGGACUGUUUGGGUGGUGAGGUGGUCGUGGUUGGGAUGGGGGGUGUUCUGGAGGUUGGGCUCUCCAGAAGUGACAGCACCCACUCAAAUGCAAAACCAGACCGAGGAUUAGAUUAACACAAUCGCUUUUUUUAUCUCUGUGUUCCUGUUGUUUUUAUUUUUUGUUUAAACUUCACUUUUGUUAAAUUUCUGAUAUAGUCCCACCCCCAACCCCUCCUGCUCUGGGUCUGUAUUAGAAGUUUCCAUUCAACAUAAAGAAGGUUAAAACUCGAGAAAAAGAUUUACUAAACUUUCUUUUUUUUUAGCUUAACUACAAAGUUUUUGCUAAAUCAAGCAGGAGUUUGCUUUAAAACUCAUCAAUUUGCUCUCAUUCCUUUCAGGAUCUGUUUCUCUUCAAUUCAAAUGUGAUUUAUUCUUCACCAGGAUGGCUUUAAUAUCUGUAACUGGGACUUUGUUGAAGGUCAAAUACUUUUUAAGCUGUCGUCUAAAGGGUUUGGACAGGAAAAAGUGAAAGAUCUUGGAGUUGAUAUCCACAGGAAAAUGUUGGGUUGGGAAUUUAAAAACAAAAGAGCAGCAGACCUGCAGCCACUUUAGUGUCGAAAGCAUCAAAGUAACACCCGAAAUGACGAAAAUGACGCCUGAUUCAGUUAAGGAGCAACUCUCAUGCCCUUUUUACUAAUGUUUCAGAUGAUGAUGGAGGGAAAAGUGACACUAAAGCCACAUUGUGUUUGUCUCUUUAGUUCAUUUCAACAUUGAAUUCUGUGUUUUUGUUCAUUUUAAACUGAACCGGAUUUUCCUGAUGUUUCUGUUUUAACAAAUCUGCUCUUUUACAGAUUGUGUCACUAGA